CGAAGCUGGAUAAGGAUCGUUAAGGUUGUGGAGUGAUAUAGCUAGAUUAGUAGGCACCUUAUUCGUACUGAGGGAGCUAUAAAUCGAAGCGAGCUUGUCAACAAUUGACAGUUAAUGGAAGCUCGGCUUUUAAGUUCAGUGUUUAAUUAUUGUAUCCCAUACAUCUGCGGGUCUACCGUUGAAAACGGUGAUACUUUGUAGAACGCUGAUUGCCAUGCCGUUCGCUUGACAGGCAGAAACAGCAAAAGAAGGGCAACAGGGAAUCAAAGUAUAAACAGACCAAGUGGAGUGAGUAUUGAAGAACAUCCAAUACAGUCAUGGAAUCUUGAGUAAGAUCAACAUGCAUACGAACUCCUUGUUAAUCAGCGAGCAAUCUCCCAUAGGCAAUUAUCACAACAUUUUUAGGACUUGAGCUGUGGCGCAACGUUCCUUUCUAGGAACCAGCGCCACAUCUCACCAGUCUUUUAGUGAGGUGGCGUUACAAGUUCAACUGUGCUGCAUUGGACAAACCACGCUAGAAUUCAACGUCUCUUCGUGUUCUGUGUGAUUUGCCCCCUUAACUCGAUUCAGUUGCUGACAACUAUUAACGAAAAACCUCAACAGUGUUACACAAGAUAACUUAUUCGUAUUCUAGACCAAGUCUCGUCUCUUCGUCAAAGAUCUCCCUCCAUUGCUUCUGAGCCGAGGGAUUGCCCCUUACAUAUCCCCUGUCCCCUGUCUACUCAUGACCCAUCUCCCGCGGGUGGUUUGCGACAAUUAAAAUCCUGGCUGUUCAUGACGCAGGCAGAUUUGUCUGCAUAACAGCAGAGAGUCUGCCAUCAAAGUCACAAUCAAUGCUCUGAUACACCCUGUUUCGAAUAGGCCAGACUCAAAUAUCCCACGACGAAUAUGACGGCCUCCUCUGAUCAACUGCAAACUAACGGUGACGCCAGUGUUGGGACAAGUAACCACAGCAAACAAAGCGACAUAUGGAAGCAUGCCCCUGUACUCAUUGGCACAACCAAAUUUGAGCCUCGCUCCGAUGUCAAAAACAUCAUGAUUACGGGCGGCGCUGGCUUCAUGUGAGUGACGUCCUGCAACGCCAAGCUCUGCUCCACUGACGGUUGAUUUCAAGCGCUUGCUGGGUCGUCCGCCAUCUCACUUUGACAUAUCCACAUGCCUAUAACAUUGUCUCAUUCGACAAGCUAGACUACUGCGCUGCUCUCAACAAUACAGGCGUCCUAAGUGAAUCCUCCAACUUUACCUUCUAUCAUGGCGACAUUACCAAUCCAGCUGAGGUUGUUGACUGUAUGGAGCGAUACAAUAUUGAUACAGUUCUACAUUUUGCCGCCCAGUCACAUGUGGACCUGAGCUUCGGCAACUCUUAUGGCUUCACACAUACAAACGUCUACGGAACUCAUGUUCUCCUCGAAAGCGCCAAGAAGGUUGGCAUUGGCCGCUUCAUUCAUGUAUCGACUGAUGAAGUAUACGGUGAAGUUAAAGAAGACGACGACGACCUUCUCGAGACGAGCAUACUGGCUCCUACAAAUCCAUAUGCCGCCAGCAAAGCGGCAGCUGAGAUGUUGGUGCAGUCUUACCAGAAGAGUUUCAAGUUACCUGCCAUCAUUGUGCGGAGUAACAACGUAUACGGUCCUCAUCAAUAUCCGGAGAAAAUCAUCCCCAAGUUUACAUGUCUUCUCAACCGUCAGCGGCCACUGGUUCUGCACGGAGACGGCACGCCUACCCGGCGAUAUCUCUACGCUGGCGACGCAGCUGAUGCGUUUGACACGAUUCUCCACAAAGGUCAAAUUGGCCAGAUUUACAACGUCGGUUCACAUGAUGAGGUAUCCAAUCUAGAGCUCUGCGGGAUGCUGCUGGACCGAAUGAGGAUACCACACGAUACCCCGGAGCAGCUCCGCAAGUGGAUCAAGUACACUCGGGACAGACCCUUCAACGACCGUCGGUAUGCAGUUGAUGGCACCAAACUAAAGAGGCUUGGUUGGGAGCAGAAAGUGUCGAUAGACGAAGGCCUCAAGAUUACAGUCGAUUGGUUCACGCAGUUCGGAGAGACCUGGUGGGGAGACAUCAGCCAUGUUCUCACGCCGUUUCCUACGGUGAGCGAUGGCGAGAUGGUUCCGGAUGAUGCGCGAUCAAUGCGCGAUGAACCACUUGAGUCCCAAGAUAUACGACAGGGCAAGCUGCCGGAACAACACAAAAAUGAUGAUAUGAGUGGUGGUUGUCGAUCAACACCACUGAACGGUGAGGAUACAAGUGGGCUACAUCAAAAUAACAGCGGCGGCUAUCAGAUUACCGCUUGACGAACAGCCAUUCUUUCUGCGGGCCUUUUUCUUCCUUUUUCUUUUUGAGGUGAAUUUUGAUAAUAGAACAUACGGAAGACGAAAGACAUAGAUACCACUUAUAAGGGGGGCUGAUGAUUAGACGAAGUCCCGAAGCUGGGGCUGCAAAUUCAAUCACCUACGGAUAGACUAAAAAGAAUCUUGAAAUAUACCUAAUUUAUCGUGGAUACAUGUUUGUGCGCCUACCGUAUGGGUUAGAC